AUGGCGACCGUGGGUAGUACUAGUACCGACUCGGAGCUCCGAACGUACGCCAACCCCCUGCUACACCUCGCUCCGCCAGAAGAAGAAGAAGAGCCCUCCUCCGCUGCAGCAGCCGCGGCGACGAGCAACAAGCGCUCGCCCAACAGCAAGAAGAGCUCUCGGGGCGGCUUUGCCAAGAAGCUACCGCUGCUCCGACGCACCAAGAGCAACAAGGACGUCCGCUCCACUUCGACCAUCGACGGUUCAUCAUCGUCAUCAUCGCCACUGUUGGCGUCCUCGCCCGACCGCAUCACGCCGCGGCCGCUUCUCCAGCUGCAGCGCGAGGAGCUCGAACGACACAACGCGGCCGUCGCGCCGCAGGGCCUGGCCAAGUGGACGCAGAAGCUGAGCGCCGAGGAGCGCCAGCAGAAGCGGCUGCGCUACAAGAACAAGGACCGGGUCGACAUCCCAUCAACAUCACCACCGACACCAUCAGCAUCAACAUCGUCAUCGCCGAGGUGGGUCGUGGGCAAGACGACCAGGUGCAACUCGUCGGACGACGAGCACCACCACAACAACACGCGAUGGAAUGCGAGGAAUGUUGGAGAGCCGUACCAAAGCGACGACGACGAGGACGGCGACGUCAACACAACGAAGAGGGGGCGGCGGGGCGCGGUGGUGGAGGCCUUGGCGCUGUCGCCGCGGUCCGGCGACGGCCAUGGCUUCGGCGGCGGACGACCGCCCAACGCGCGGUGCGCGCGAGCCCAGCUGGCAGCCCUGCCCUACGCCCUCACCGCCUUCGAGAGCCCGGAGAGGUGA